GAGCUUGUGUUUGAAUGUCCAGCGGGGAAGCAGAUGGAGUUAGCGUUGUACCUCUUUUAACUAAGCUAACUAGGCGCUUUCUUCUAAAUACGUUUUAAAAUAAAGCGAUACAAGUAACAUCAGGAGUGUUUAAUGUUACUACGAAUGGCUUAGCCAUAGCAUCUACGAUUGGUUGAACAUAAAAUGCCUAUCCGUGCUUAUUGCACAAUUUGUUCGGAUUUUUUUGAUCACUGCAAAGACGUCGCUGCCAUUCACUGCGGACACACGUUUCACUAUGAAUGUCUCCUUCAGUGGUUCCAGACGGCCCCAACAAAGACCUGUCCACAGUGUAGGAAACAGGUCAGCACCAGGCACAUUAUCAGCAAGCUGUUCUUUGACGUGGGUGUAGAGGAGGAGAGCACAGCCGACCCUGAGAGCUUACAGAAUGAGCUUGAUCGGAUGAAAGCACUUCUAAGCUGCAAAGAACGAGACUGGCGAGACAAACAGAAGGUGAUGGACAGUUUGAAGGACACUGUGGACAAGCAGAGAAGAGACCUGGACAGUACGCGAAAAGAGAUCCUGGAGAAAGAGAUGCUGUGUGCUGCUCUCAGAAAACAGAUGACGUAUUUGGAAACACAACAGGAUGAAGUUCAGACUGUGAAAGAGGAGGUCCGCAGACUGAAGGUCAAAAUGAAAACCUUUGAAAGCCUGGACGUGUUGUUGCAGGGCCAGAGAGCAGAAGUGGAGUCCAUGAUCACAGAUAUGGGUGUCAGCUCGGCAGCUGUGGAGCAACUCUCCAUUUACUGCAUCUCUCUCAAAAAGUAA